UGAUGUAACCACAGCACUAGUGACGCUACUGCUCUUCAAAUUUGCACGGCCAGGUUUAAAGUAGGGUCCCACGCCGAUGCUCUGGAAUUGAAGUAGCUGAAAAAGCAAAAUUUUAGAAUUCACCUAAAAGCUAUUCAACAGUGGGGCCCUAAGUGUUCAGACAUGUCGAUUUGCUUUUCUACAAACUCCAUUCAGCAACAUGUUUUCACUCAAACAUUAUUUACUCUCCAGAUUAAUUCCCCGGUAAAUCUUCCUCCUCCUCCUCCUCCUCCUCCUUCUAGUACCAUGGUGACUUCCUCUCCGUCGUCAUCAUCAUCUUCAUCUUUAUCUCGAUGGAAAUAUGAUGUUUUUUUGAGCUUUAGAGGUGAAGAUACUCGCAAGGGCUUCACAGAUCAUCUUUAUGCUCGUUUACAAAAUGAUGGAAUCAACACUUUCAGAGACAACGAAAAGCUUGAACAAGGGGAAUACGUCGCACCAAAGCUCCUUGAAGCAAUUAAAGAAUCAUGGUGUUCAAUCAUCGUUUUUUCAAAAACGUAUGCUUCUUCAAGUUGGUGUCUAGACGAGCUUGUUGAGAUUCUUAACCAGAAAAAUGACAGGGGACAUAAGGUUUUCCCUAUUUUCUAUCAUGUCGAUCCAUCUGAUUUACGGAAACAGACAGGGAAUGUCAAAGAAGCCUUUGCUAAACAUGAAGAUAGAUAUAAUCAAGACAAGACGCAAAGCUGGCGAGAUGCUUUAUCUGAAGCAGCCAAUAUCAGUGGAUGGCAUUUAGAGGAUAGGUACUUUCUUCUUCCAAUAAGAUUGUUUGUCCUUAUAUAUAUAUAUAUGUAUGGUUGGACUCGUGCUUCAUCUUCCAUUACCGUAAAAACUUUUGUUGACGCACGAGUCAGUGGUUUGGAAGGUGGGUAUACUGGGGUGUUACUCUCCACAUCAGGCCGGAUAGCUACUCCCUGUCUCGGUUGUGCUCCAGAGGAAUCUCUCAUCUGCAAGUCCGUACGAGUUGAUGAAGAUAGAGCAGCUACAGUGGCCUCCAUUGCGGUAAAGAAGGCUGCCAUUGCCUGGAUUACCUCAGAAGACACGGCAGGAAUGCCAGUAGGUGGCGGAGGAAUCUCUACCGGUUCAGCAGCAAGUGUUGCUCGAAAAGGAGACACAGUCGAUUCCUCUCCUCUAAGGUAUGAAUCAGAAUUCAUUGGACUCAUCAUUAAAAAGAUAUCAACAAAGUUAUGUCAAACACGUUCAAGUGUUCCUAAUGACUUGAUUGGAAUUGAUUCACGUUUGGAUAAGUUGUGUGACAAAAUAGAUUUUGGGGAAGAUCGUGAUAUCCGCAUUGUAGGAAUUUGUGGAAUGGGUGGCAUAGGUAAAUCAGCUCUUGCAAGUGUUGUUUAUACCCAGAUGUCUGGUUAUUUUGAAGGUAAAUGCUUUCUUGCUGGUGUUCGAGAAGUUGCAAUGAAAUUCGGACUUGUUUCUUUACAAGAACAGCUUCUUUCUAACAUAUUUCCUGGAGAAAAUUUUCAGUUUUCCAGUGUUUAUGACGGAAUUGAAACUAUAAGUCGUAGGCUACGUCAUAAAAAGGUUCUUGUUGUUAUUGAUGAUGCGGAUAACAUGCAGCAUUUCAGAUGCUUGGCUGAAAAGCGCGAUUGGUUUGGUUUAGGGAGCAGAAUCAUCAUAACAUCUAGAGAUGAGCGUCUGUUGUUGCGAAGCUACAGAGUGGAUGAUGUGUAUAAGCCUACAACAUUGCAUGACUUUGAAGCCCUACGGCUUUUAAGUUUGAAAGCUUUUAAAAGUGAUACACCAAAAGAUGAUUUCAUGUCGCUUUCCCAAAGUGUUGUGAAAUAUGCUGGUGGCCUUCCAUUAGCUCUUGAUGUUUUGGGCUCUUUUCUAUGUGGUAGAGAUGCAGAUCAAUGGAGACAUGCCAUAGAAAGCCUGAAAAGUGAGCCUGACAAAGAAAUUAACAAUUGUCUUAAAAUAAGUUUUGAUGGAUUAUCGGAAACACAGAAGAAAAUAUUUUUAGAUAUCGCACAUUUCUUCAAAGGGUGGCACAGAGAUUUUGUAACAAAAAUAUUGGAUGGCUGUGGGUAUAGUCCAGGUAUUGGACUACAUGUUCUGAUCGAGAGAUCUCUUAUAACAGUUAAAAACAACAAAAUUUGGAUGCAUGAUUUGCUACAAGAGAUGGGAAGAUAUAUUGUUCAACAAAAGUCUCCUGAUGAACCUGGCAAACGAUGUAGAUUGUCUGAGGAAAGUGAUGUUUAUCAAGUGCUAACACAAAACUCGGGUACAGAAGCGAUUGAAGGCAUGGUCAUCAACAGCACUAUGGGGUACAAAUAUAUAUCUCCUUUGGAACAAAAUAAGACUUUCAUCUUAAAUGCUGACGCCUUGUCGAAGAUGAAAAAACUAAGAUUGCUCAUGGUUCAUGAUCUCCUAAAAUUUUGUGAUCUCACAUAUCUUUCUAGUGAGUUACGACAUUUUGAGUGGUUUGGAUGGCCUUUAAAAUCAUUGCCUUGGGACUUCCAACCAGACAACCUUGUUGCACUUCGCCUACCUAAUAGCUGCAUUGAACAACUAUGGAACCGAGACAGACUUUUAAAUAAAUUGAAAUUCAUAGACCUCCAAGGCUCACGAAAGCUGAUCAGAACACCAGACUUCACAAGGAUCGAAAAUUUGGAAAGUCUGAAUUUGGGAGGCUGCACCAACUUAGUACAUGUCCAUCCAUCCAUCGCAUUUUUAGCCAAGCUUAAACUUUUGAAUUUAAGAAACUGUGUAAGUCUUAGGAGUUUCUCAAUCAAUAAUGAAAUGGAGUCUCUUGAAACAUUGAUUCUUUCAGGCUGCAAGAAUCUUAAAGGGAUUUCAGAGAUUGUCGAAAAAAUGGAACAUUUGCAGGAGCUCCAUUUAGAUGGCACAAGUAUGGAAGAACUUCCUUCUUCAGUUGGAAAUCUCAGCAGCUUAAAAGUUCUUAAUCUCUCGGGCUGCUCUGUACUUGAAAAUUCACCACCAUCCUUCCUACAAAGGAUAUAUAAGAAGGGAUGCGAAGUACUACUAUCAAGUUUGAAUCCCAUGCUUUUAAAAAAAGGUUCGAAUUUCAUGGCUCUGACGUUACCUUGUUUAUCAAGCUUGAGUUCUUUAAGAGAGUUGAAUAUAAGUGGCAUGAAUCUUUGUGAAGGGGAUCUUCCUAGUGAUAUAUGUUGCUUAUCCUCAUUAGAAGAACUGAUUCUUAGUCAUAACAAUUUCGUCAGCCUACCUGCGAAUCUUAGUCAACUUACCAAGCUUUAUUGUCUCCAAUUGAUGGGUUGUAGUAAGCUUGAAACAUUGCCUCAGCUUCCAUCAAGUGUACAAGGCCUAAUGUUAGAUGGUUGCACUUCAUUGCAAAGAGUUCCAAAUCCGACAAAUCCACAUGAUCCAUCGUGGGUGACAUGGUUUUAUGGUGUUAAUUGCUUCAAAUUGGCUGCGAAUAAAAAUGCACUAAGAAUGCUAAAAGGAUAUCUUAAGACAUUUGCGAAUGCAGGAAUACGUGUUGACAUCGUUAUACCUGGAAGUGAAAUUUUUGAAUGGUUUAAUCACCAGAGUGAGAAAUGUUCAAUAAUGAUACCCAUUUUGCAGAAUGAUGUUCAGUGGAUGGGAUUUGCCUUGUGCUGUGUUGUCGUGCCUGCCUCCAAUAAUGUUGAUUGGACGGAAGAAGACAUUACAUGUCGUGUUACAAUCCAUUUUGAAGAUCUUACAUUUAAGUCAUGUACUCAUUCGAUAGGUUUUAAUACCCAGACCUCCAAGGACCACCUCUGCCUAUGGUAUUUGCCUGUUGAAAAAUUGCUUCGUGACCAAUUCGGGAAUUUACUGAGCAGAGAU